CACCAAAAUGCCCUUCUCCACCCCCCUCAUCACCCCAUCCGAAUACCACCAUGCCACCACCACCGCCACCACCCCCCAAUCGGAUCCCAAUUCCCAUCUCCCCCGCAUCAUCCCCAUCGCCGCCUACCUCCCCUCCCUGCACGCUUCCUUCUCCGCGGCCCAUCUUCCGAAUACCAGAUUCCUCCCUCUUCACAAAACCUACUCCUCAACAUCCCCCUACCCCUGCACCCUCCCGACCCUCAGCCACUUCUGCUCGAUCAUGACCGCCCUCGCCAUCCGCCCCACAGACACCCUGGUCAUCUACGACGCCGUCUCCAUCGGGACGUACCACGCCCCGCGCGUGGCAUUCAUGUGUCAGUUUUUCGGGCAUCGGGGGGACGUGCACGUGCUGAAUAAUCUGCGGGGGUAUGUGGGGGAGGGGUUUCCUGUUUCUGGCUAUGAGAUGGGUGGGAAGGAGGGGGAGGAAUACAUCCUCCCCGCCUCCGGAGUGGACUAUGCCCGCGUGGUUGAGUUUGAGGAGGUGCGCGAUAUCAUACUCCAGAGACAGAGACAAAGGCAAAAACAAAAAGAAAGAGACACAGACGGAGACGGAUCUGGAUCCGGAGCUGGAGCUGGAGAUGCGGCUGGAGAUGCAGCUGGAAAAGUAUGCAUCAUCGACGCGCGCAUCCCCGGGCGCUUCUCCGGCACGGAAAGCGAAGCAGACCCGUCCCUGCGCGCGGGACACAUGCCCGGGGCGGUGAAUGUGCCGCUGGCCAGGGUGUUGGACCCCGUGUCUGGGGCGAUAUUGUCGGUGGGGGAGUUGAGGGGGGUGCUUGCGGCGGUGGGAAUUCUGGUAAGAGACUACAUCCUCACGUGCAAUUCCGGAGUCACGGCCGCGGCGCUGGAUCUGGUCCUCCGUCUGGUCGGGGCGAAGGGGCGACGGAGGAUUUACGAUGGGAGUUGGAUGGAGUGGACGAGGAGGGUGGGGGAGGGGGAGGGGUUGAUUGUGCAUGCUUAG